AUGCCCCCAAGAAGCCAUGACGUAGCCGACAAAGCAGGUGAUUUGAAGCGUGCCUCUGUCACGGCUUCUGCUAUCGCCGAAGCCCUCUGCAAGUCCAUGGAGGUGAGAAAGGACACGCGCCUCAACGAGUGGAACCUUGGUUCGAUCGAGGGCAUGAGAAAAGAUGACGCUGCCGCACAGCAUGCAGAUGAUUGGGCGGUUUUCAGCCAGUGGUGCUCUACCAACGUAGCAGAGGAGGUCACCCGGCACACCAUCUCCGGAGGCGGCGAAAGCAUGGAACAAGUACGCCAGCGAGCGGCACUUUGCAUUGAGGAGGCGUGUUGCGAAACUACUGCCGGUCUGGUGAUCGCAGUGACUCAUGGCGGCGUCCUGGGCCAACUGCUGCGUCAUGCAGAACCGAAUUCUGUGGAGCCACGCCCCACACCUACAAAUGCCUGCAUCAGCCGCUUCCGUGUUCAGCCAGGAGGUCAGUGGGAGGUGCUGAGCUGGGCGACCUCAGAUCACCUAAGUGGAGAUGCAUCGCCGGUGGCGGCUACUCAGAUGAACCACAAGCUAGCAGGGUACUGUGACCUCGUUCGAAUAAAGGAGCCGCCGCCCAGGCUGGGCCUUACAUUCGUUUUCGGUCCAGAAAAGAGCUUUAGCGAAUACCUCACCACCAGGUACCGAGGUUCGAGCACCAUCCUAUGUGGAGGGCGCUUCGCUUUGGGACAGCUGUGGCCAAACUCCGUGUCAACCUUCGCCCUGACCUUCUUGCCGGGGUACUGGUAUUUGCGGGACCAGCUGCCAUUGGUGAUCGAUGGCCCAAUCUGGCUAGAUCCGCUUGGCUUGGUGCAACUGGUUCUGGGAAUUACCAUUUUGGUUUGUUUCCUCCUUGCGUCGACGAUUAAUCCUGGCAUCAUCCCCAGGAACGAGAGCAUGCCCCAGGAGCUGGAGCAGCACCUGGACUUGCGAGGAGUGCCCUGCCAUCGCUUUCUGAAGAUCAGCAACAUCACGCUGAAGCAGAAGUACUGCACAACCUGCAACAUCUUCAGACCCCCACGCUCCAAGCACUGCUCCUUUUGUGACAACUGCGUACUACGCUUUGAUCACCACUGCACUUGGCUUGGGAACUGCGUGGCACUCUACAACUACCGUUACUUCGUGGUCUUGAUCUACUCAUCCACAAUCUUCUUGAUGCUGUGCAUCUACGUGAACUCUGUUGUCUAUGGUAUGCAGGCGCAUCAGGAGUUUGGCCCUGACUAUGGCGUGCUGGAUGUGCUGUACGUCCUUACUGAGGACGCCUGGUUGUUGUUGUUCUUCGUGUACUGUCUCUUCUUGAUGCUAGCUGUCCUGCUGCUCUCGGUUUACCACACGGUCAUCUCCAUUCAGAACUUGACAACAAACGAGCACGUCAAAAACUACUAUAGGGAUGGACACAAUCCAUUCGACUAUGGCCCGUACAAGAACUGUCGGCAGAUAUACUGCUAUCCAGAGCUGGUAUUGCCAGAGGGCGAGGACAAGAUCGAGGCUGACUAUGUGCCCUUUGGGUCCUACUCGGACGGCCAGUCCUUCGACGAACUCUGA